AUGGCGCUUCCCUCCCCUGCCGGCUCCUCGUUCAUCAGGUUUUCUUCUUCUUCUUCUUCGCGCUCCCGCGGGGGCUUCUCCUGCGCCGCACCGUUCGUUCACCGGGUCCGUAGCCUUCGUUUCCCUGUCCGAUUGACCGAUGUUCCGCGGCUAAAGGCGCCGCGAGCCGUCAGGUUGGAUCGGGUUUUGACCAGCGACACGACGGAUGAUUUGGGUGAUGGGUUCUUCGAAGCCGUUGAGGAGCUAGAGCGGAUGGUCCGGGACCCUUCCGACGUUCUCGGUGACUUGGUAGAGAGGCUGUCGGCGCGCGAGCUCCAGCUGGUUCUCUUGUACUUCUCUCAGGAGGGGAAGGACACCUACUGUGCCCUCGAGGUCUUCGACUGGCUGAGGAAGGAAAACCGGGUGGACGCCGAGACUAUGGAACUGAUGGUGUCGAUCGCUUGCGGGUGGAUUGAUCGUCUGGUCGGUGAAGACCAUGCGGUUGAGGAUUUGGUCGGUCUGCUUAACGAGAUUGACUGUGUCGGGCUAGAGCCAGGGUUCAGUAUGGUAGAGAAGGUCAUAUCUUCGUACUGGGACAGGGGUAAGGAAGAGGAGGCGGUUUUAUUUGUGAAAAAUGUGUUGAGACGAGGGGGAAUUGGGAAUCACGUAACCGGAGAUGAACUUGAGGAUCAAAGGGGUCUGGUCGGGUACCUUGCCUGGAAGAUGAUGGUAAGAAUUUUCAAUUUUUAUGAACAGUUCACUUUCGGCCUUCAGCAUUCCAACUCAGUGGUGAUUUAAACCGGACCGCAAGUUUUAACUUCAAUUGCUCCAUAUAUGCAUAUAUAUAUAUAUAUAUAUAUAUGUUCUUUUUGAAAUUUUAUGCUCAACAUCCAUUAAUUGAGAGCAUUUUGAUGCUUUUAAUUGGUUAUUAAAUUUUCAAGGGUUGAAAUAUUGAUCAAAAUUUGUGCUGGGGUUUUUCUUUCAUGGAAAUACUUCCAUCGUCGUCCUCCGAUGUAAACCGUUUUCUAAAUGAUUAAUGGGGAAUAUGUAUUGUUCUCGUCUAUGUAAUAACUGCGCAUUAGCGAGCAUUUAUUUUGGUUUCAUGUGCAUUCAUAUUUUCAUUUCGUUCUGUUAUGUAUUGACCUCGGUAGAAUCCAAAUGAAUUGCAUCUGUCAUGCACAUUUUGGUUAUCCGUCUCCACAUACAUGUGGAUAACCUUUCUUUUCUUGAGAAUAAAGUGUUGUGGUUAUAACACUAAUCUUGAAAAUGAUCACGAAAAGAUUCUCAAUAUUUAUCGUUUAAAAUUUAACUAAUAUGCAAUUUAACUAACAUGCUUUUUGCCACUUUUAUCGAACCAUGAUGAGCUGUUCAUUUAAGGGUAUAUCCCGUUUCUGCAAGGUUGUAUCCUCUCCAAUAGGACAUAGAUCUGGAUUUUUUUUGGGAUUUCACUUUCUUUCGCUCCAUGAUACCACCAUUAAUCUCUUGGAGGGUAAGGGAAACAGUGGCUGUGGAUCAUUGUACAAUGGUAAAGAAGUGUUCAAGAGAAACAAGGGUUUUUGUUGCCCCUCUCUGGAAGCUUUCCCGAAUACAUUUGUGAUGGGUUUUCCAUCGAUGUUAUUGGAUGAUACACGUUAGAGAUAAUGUAAUUGCAAUCACAUUUUAUUUUUUAGUGGCUUCAAUCUGUUCUGUCAAAUCACAUCAAAUAGUAGUUUACCUGAAAGUUGUUGGUAAUACUGUACAGGCCAGACCAUUUUUUUUUUUAAUAGAGAGGAAUACACUUUUUGUAUGGCCUUGUGGUGGCCAUGUAAAAACUGGCAAAGGAUUAUUUGUGGUAUUACAUGAUGGAAUCUACCUUGAGGAAUACAGCUUAUGUAAGCAGAACAACUUGUUGCCAACCAAUAGUAGAAUAAUAAUGUUGCGGAACUAUGGAAAUCUAUGGCGGCUGACAAUGUGGUGGCAUAAAGAAAUCCUGGAUGGAGAGCAGAAAAAUAUGGACCAUUUUAAUAUGUCAAUUAUCUUCAAAGUUUUGAAAGGACCAGAAUGUUAUAAGGAGACUCACAUCCCCUUAUUGUUUAUGCAGUAAUGUUACUAGGAGGUCUUUGUUCUAGAGACUGCACCAGCUGAAAGCUACCUUCGCAGACAUUUGAUAUCCUGGUGGAGAUUUCAGCUAUGUUAGAUAUCCAAUGGUGCAUCUGUUCUAUCACAAAACAGGAACGUGAAAUGAAAUGUUUUUAUCGUUGUCAGGAGCAGUACCCUGACUGAUGGAAAAUUUCCAAAAUAAGAUUAACUUGUACUAGUUUCAACUAAAUAUUUUUCAGUCCAAGUUUGACCGAGUUCUAGUAUCACCUGACUAGCCUUCGGAGUUUCUAUUGACCAUAGUCAAGAGCAUAAAGGUAAUUCUCAGAGACUGUUGAUAUUUGCUAUUGUGUACUGCAUUACAGUAGAUCCAGAUAAACUAUUUGAUUCAAUUUUGAUGGUUUUAGUGAAAUGUUGAAGAAGUUGGUGGAAGGAGGGCCUAAAUCAUGUUGGUGGAUGGCUUUUUUUUACAAGCUACCUUGUGAACCGUAUAGGGGGGAAGGAAUAACAGAAAAUUCCAAAAAAAAUCCCUAUAUUGACAGGAAAGAGUUGACAUGACUGCAUUUUUUGCAUCCCAAUGAUUGAGAGAAAUGGAUUUGGGAAAAAAAACUUACUGUUCUAGUUUAUCCGUCUUAGUCAUCUACUGUCUUGUUAGAUGAGAAGAGGAGAUGUGUGCUGAAUAUCAACUUUGAAAAGUUUUAUCAUAGGGUGAGUUGAAAUACUGUGUAUAGGAUGUUGCGUCAUAUUUGCUUCACUCAGAAAUUCAUCAAUUGGAUAGUGAGGUCCAUAGCAACAAUUGGAUAAAUAGGGGCAUAUGUUCUUUCCAAAGUUCUUGCGCAUUAAGUCAGGCAGAUUCAUAUUUCCAUCUCUAUAUGUUUUGGUGGGGUAAGUUCUCAACUCUAUGUGAUCAGAUGUAGAAGAAAACUGUCUGAUCAGUGGGUACCUCCAGUGUUCUGAAGAUGCAACUUUAUUAUUGGGUUAAAUGGUAAACCUUAACCCGUAGACAUUCCGUAGAUCCCUUACUCCAUCAGCACUGCCUUUGAGCUUCGAGAUUCUCUAUUAAGGACAAUAUUGCGGAUGUGCUCCUAAGUGAGACUAUAUGGUUGGGCCACGCAUUCCUGCCUAUGAAAUAGUAGAUUUCCAAUGUAUGGAAGAAUUCAUGGACAUCAGUUUUGGUCGCAUUUGGUGCAUUUCUCUAUUGCUUCGUCUGUGACACCUGCACAACUGUCUGCUUUAUGGAAGAAAGUCCUAAACCGAGUUUCCCUGGAAAGCGGGUAAAUAUCAAAGACCUUACAAAGCGAUAGUCUAAAAUUAAUCUCCCCUGUUCUCCCUUCCUGUUGCCUGAGAAAAAGGGAGGAGAAGAAAAGUCCCUUGUUAUCAACCCCAAAGUCUCAGCUGCUCAUCUGAGACGGCAUCCUCUGAAUGCCCGCCCUGCUUGAUCUCCACUGUCAAACCCCUCGAGGGAGCGCCGAGAAUGCUUGUGAAUCCCCGUCUCCCAUGGCCGUUCUUCCUUUCCCGGCAGCAAUCGAAGGUCCCAUAUUAAUCUGGUCUUCUUUAUUUCACCCACAGAAGUGGGGAUGUAUGUAUAUAAGUUUCACCUCCGAAAAAACCUCUUUUUUGGAGGCCUCGUCAUCUUUCUAAUAGGUUCCUCUUUUUCGGUCUGAUACCCAUGACAGUUCUCUUGCUAGUUGUGGAGCAUCAGAUCGACCCUUAAAAUAUUGGAACCGUUUUCCUAUUCUCACUGGUUGCAAUUCCAAUCAAUACCCAGGCUGACGGCAGGUGCAUGAGUGCUGUCAAGCUAGUGACCGAAUGCAGGGAGUGCGGACUGAAGCCCGAGGCUUACAGCUACGUAGUCGCACUGACAGCCCUGGUCAAAGAACAGAAAGAAUUCUCCAGAUCUCUGCGCAGGCUGAGAGGCUCCAUAAAGACCGGAGCUGUGGCGGAGCUCGACGAGGAGGCUCAGAGUCUCAUCGAGCAAUACCAGGAGGAUCUUAUGAGUGAUGCCAUCCGUCUAUCCUCAUGGGCGAUCCAGGAGGGCGGCUCGACGGUCGCGGGGGCCGUCCACGAGAGGCUCCUGGCCAUGUACACCUGCGCCGGCUGUGGAUUGCAGGCUGAGCAGCAGCUGUGGGAGAUGAAGCUCUCUGGCAGGCAACCCGACAGCGAGCUCUACAACAUCGUCCUCGCCAUAUGCGCCUCCCAGAACGAGGAGGGUGCCGUUGGCCGCCUGCUCGCCAGCAUGGAGGUGGCGGCCGCCGGCCCCCGGAAGAAGACCCUGCUGUGGCUCCUGCGGGGCUAUCUCAAGGGCGGAUACUACGCCAAGGCGGCGGAGACCCUGGUGGAGAUGCUGGACUCUGGCAUGCGCCCCGGCUACCUGGACAGCGCCGCCGUCUUGCAGGGGCUGAGGACGACCUUGCAGGAGGACUCCGGCGUUGACCGAUAUCUGAACCUCUGCAAGCGCCUCUCCGACAUGGACCUCAUCGGGCCCUGCCUUGUAUAUCUCCGUAUAGGCAAGUACAAGCUGUGGGUUAUGAAGAUGGUGUAA